AUGCCUGCUCAUCCCAUUGAAGUUGUGAGAAAUCCAAACUAUAGACCAGAAGCCCCGCGUCCGAUUAAGUACUACAUGUGUCAGAUCACUGAACUUUUCCAAAAAGCUGCACCGGAAAUGACACAAGAGCAGACAUUGAUUCUCUCCAAAAUUCAAGGAAGUAUUUCCAGCGCAAAUCACCAUUUUGCCGAGCAAGCUGAAGAUCAAUGUAAACAACGAGAGGCGGAGGCAGUUGAGAGCCAAAACAGUUUUGAAAGUGAUUUGAAUGCUCGUGUCGCCGAAUUGAGCACUGCUCUUCCAGUGUUCGAAUCAGAAGAAAACGGCUCACUGCAAAUGAUCGAGGAAGGGAUCAGAUUGACUCAUCAAAUAACAUAUAAGAAGAAUAUGUUGGAGAAUACGAAGGAGUUUCAAAUGGGUGCGUUCGCUAACAAAUGCAAACUGGAUCUGGGCAUUGAAUAUGAGACAAGAAAGCUGAAGAUGACUCAAGAUAUGGAAAUCAUGGAGCUUCAGAAUGAGUUGGACAAUCUGACCAUCGACCUGGCACUCAAGUCAUAA